UUGGAAGGCUCUGUUUGUGUUACAUCACUUGUUUAAAAGCUUCACUCGUCUCAGCUCUCAAUAUCAAUAGCAGAAGAAUAACAAGACAACAAAGAAAUCAAAUAAUUAACAAACUAGGAACAAGGCAUGGAUUGCUGUGCUUCAACACAAUUUUAAAAAGGAACUGCUUCUCAGUCUGUCGAUAUCUGCUUCUUCCUGUUAAAACCAUCUUGUAGAGAUACGAUCGAGAACGAGAACAAGAAGAUAUCAUUGUUUUUUUGCCGUCAGCAGAGAUAUGUUGAAGCUUGAUCAAGAGGAAGUUGUAUCUAUAGCUGUUUAAUAUGUCCUCGACAAACAGACAUCUAUUCUCCACUGCUAUGGAGAGAACGAGUGAAUGGGGAAUGAACGGUUUCUUGCAAAGAUAAUUACAAAGAAAGAUCUUGAAGAUGGUCAAUUUGAAUUCGAACAGGAUUUUCUCCCAAGAGAUCCCAAGCGAUAUCACGGUUCAUGCUGGAGGAGCCUCCUUCUCAUUGCACAAGUUCCCGUUGGUGUCCAAGUGUGGAUACAUAAGGAAAUUGGUCUCUGAAGAUAGUGAUGCCGAUGUCUCUGUCGUUGAACUCCCUGAUGUUCCAGGUGGGGAGGAGGCGUUUGAACUGGCUGCAAAAUUCUGUUAUGGGAUAAACUUUGAGAUUAGUACAGAGAAUAUUGCCACGCUUCGAUGCGUGGCAGAGUAUCUCGAGAUGACAGAGGACUAUGCUGUUGGGAACCUAGUGGGCAGAACAGAGGACUACUUGAAUGAAGUGGCACUGAAGAGCCUUGCCGGGGCAAUCUCUGUGUUGCAUACGUCGGAGAACCUCCUUCCAACGGCAGAGAAGGUCAAAUUGGUUAGCCGAAGCAUAGAUGCUGUGGCAUACCUUGCCUACAAGGAGAGCCAAUUCUGUUUGCCCGGAAGGACAGAGACUAGACACGAGAGUAUCAAUUCUUAUUCAGGAUCUCACCUUAAACCCAUUGUAGACUGGUGGGCUGAAGACUUAACAGUUCUCAGGAUUGAUAUCUUCCAUCGAGUUCUAAUGGCAAUGCUGGCGAGAGGCUUUAAGCAGUAUUCACUUGGUCCAAUACUUAUGAUCUACGCACAGAAAUCUCUUCGAGGUUUGGAAAUAUUUGGGAGGGGGAGGAAAAAUUUUGAGCCAAAGCAAGAACACGAGAAGAGGGUCGUGUUGGAGACCAUUGUGAGUCUUCUGCCAAGGGAGAAGAAUGCAAUGUCUGUUAGCUUCCUUUCUAUGUUGCUACGUGCAGCAAUUUAUCUUGAGACAACAGUUGCUUGCCGGAUUGAUCUGGAGAAGAGGUUGGCCCUGCAGCUUGGACAAGCAGUGUUGGAUGAUCUCUUGAUACCUUCUUUUUCCUUCACAGGAGACACAUUGUUUGAUGUAGACACAGUGCAGCGGAUCAUGAUGAACUACCUUGAAUAUGAAAUGGACGGGACUCGUCUGGGAUACGUGGUAGAUGAUGAAUAUGUUUCCCCUUCAAGAGAUAUUGAGCGGGUUGGAAAGCUAAUGGAGAGCUUCCUCGCCGAGAUAGCAUCAGACCGUAAUCUAUCUGUUUCAAAGUUCACCAAUCUCGCAGAGUUGAUCCCAGAACAAACAAGGGUAAUAGAGGAUGGAAUGUAUCGUGCCAUAGACAUAUACUUGAAGGCUCAUCCUGCACUGACUGACAUGGAGAGGAAGAAGGUUUGCAGAUUGAUGGACUGUCAGAAACUAUCACGGGAAGCAUGUGCUCAUGCAGCUCAGAAUGAUCGCCUCCCUGUGCAAAUCGUGGUCCAGGUUCUUUACUACGAGCAGAGGCGCCUACGAGAUGCUAUGAGUGACAACCUCAUGGGUGCAGAAUCUCCUGCUCUGCAGAAAAUGAAUUUGCAUUCUAAAGAUUACCACUCAGCUCCUGAUGAGCUCUUGAGCUUACGAAGAGAAAAUGAAGACCUGAAGAUGGAAUUGGUGAAGAUGCGGAUGCGGUUAAAAGAACUGGAGAAAUCAGGAGAAAUCAAUCCACCUGAAAGUACUCCACCAAUACCAUCUGUAGAUAAGCCUCCAUUGGCAUUGCCUCGAAAAUCAUUUAUCAGCUCCAUGUCUAAAAAGCUUGGGCGCUUGUACCCCUUCAUGCGUGGAGAGGGAGUGAAGUCUUCUGAUGGAAAAGGUCGGACAAAGCCCAGCAGAAAUCGACGGCAUUCCGUCUCUUGAUUCACCUAUCCUCCUUUGUGCUGCAACGUAUGCUGCUUAAUUUAGAGUGUUUUGUCUCUAUGUCCUUGUUUCAAAUGCUUGAGCAGAGAAGAGGACUGUUUUAUCUUCCUCAUCAACUCUAUUCUAGUAAACAUGGUUGUACAUAUGGAUGAAAUGGGGAAACUAGAAAAUAUAGGAUCGAUAGGUGAGUAGAGUUGAUUGCAUCAAAGCACACUAUUACAGUAAAUUUAAUCCUGAUGACCGGGAAGGGAGAGAGGUAGCAAUCUCCUUUCCUUUAUAAGAUGUUUUUUUUUCCUAUAUUUGCAAUUGAAUUCUUGUGAAAUUUAUUGUUGGGAUUUACAUGUGAUUAAUGUUUGAGUGAA